GUCCUGCGAGUGGCGACGGAUGAGGCGCAACAUUCACUAACGCAGCUCCAGAAACACGUGUAGCACGUUGUCAACAUGGGCAAGAGAAGACAAAAUAAGCAACGUUUCUCCACGUUGUCUAAAAAGCAAAAGAAACACCUGAAGGAGUUUGGAGAAGAGCAUCCGUUCCACGACCAGGAACAAGUUGAAAGAACAGAAAUAAUAGAACUGCCUCCAAGCCCAGAACCAUCUGUCACUGAGCCUGAUGAACUUGAAGAGGAGGAGGAGGAACCAGAGCAGAAAUCUGCCUAUCAGAAACUUCUUUCAACUUUUAGCCAUCCCACCAGCGACAACCAAAGUGAAGAGGACGAAAGCACUGAUGAGGAAGAAGAGGAACUCCUCGAAGGAGACAGUGAAGGAGUUGGCAAUGAAGAAGAGGAUGAUGAUGAUGAUGAUGAUGAUGAAGAAGCCGAGGGUGCAGAUGACUCUCACUCUGAAGCAGCGGAAUGGAAGGAGGAAGAAAACAAGCAUGAAGGAGAUGAGGAGUUUAUAGACAAGGAACACGAGUCCCAGUUUUGUCUGGAGACCAACUUCAUGGACAAAGGAGAACAAGAGAACGAGAACUCUGAAAGCAAUUCUGACAGCCAAGACUUGUUUUUGCAGCAUUUGGACACAGAGCUGUCUGAGGAUGAUGUCCAGAAGAUUGCAUCUGGCAGCAAAUCUAAAACUCAGAUCAAGUGGCCUAAAUUAGGAAAUCUGCUCUGUAUCAGUCCUUUGGAGAAGUUUGGACCAGUGGGCCAACAUAAAGACACAAAGCUACCACAUUUCCACAAACUCUUAGAGACAAGCUGGAAGGAUCCAAAGCAGACCACCAAGCCCAAAGGGGCUCCUGAGGAGCUCAGUCCACUCCAGCUAGAGUUACUAGCCCUUAUGGGCUCCUAUAAGGACCUUUACUAUCCAGAGACAUGUCCUUUGAACCGUGGCCCACAGGUACGAAGUACUUACUGCCUUCAUGUUCUUAAUCACAUACUGAAGGCCAACUCUCAGGUCCUGGCUCACAAUGCACAACUGAGAGAGCAGAAAGGUAGAAUAAAGCCUGGAGCUGAGCCACGGGAUGAACCUAGAGACCAAGGACUGACUCGACCCAAGGUCCUGAUUCUUGUUCCAUUCCGGGGAAGCGCUCUGCGAGUGGUUCAGGCAUUCAUCACCCUGCUGGAGUCCAAAGGCAAGAAGAUCGUUGUCAGCAAUAAGAAGAGAUUCAAGCAAGACUUUGGGGAUGAUGCAGAUGAAAAGCCAGCCAUUCUGCAAAGACCGGAUGAUUACCAUGCUGUGUUCUCUGGCAACGUGGACGACCACUUUCGGAUAGGUCUUUCCAUCAUGAGGAGCAGCAUACGCGUCUACGCUCCUUUCUACUCAUCAGACAUAAUCAUUGCAUCUCCGCUCGGACUACGCACCGUGCUGGGAACCGAGGGUGACAAUAAGAGAGACUUUGACUUCCUCUCCUCUAUUGAGCUCCUUGUGGUCGACCAGGCGGACGUCUUCCUCAUGCAGAACUGGGAACACGUGCUGCAUGUGCUGAACAACAUGAACCUGCAGCCUCUGGACUCUCAUGGGGUAGAUUUCUCCAGGGUGAGGAUGUGGAAUCUGAACAACUGGGCCCGACACUACAGGCAGACCCUGGUUUUCAGCUCCAUCCAGGACCCACACAUCAACAACAUCCUCACAAAGCACUGUGCCAACUACCGCGGCCAGAUCGUCAUUAAGAACAUGCCAAAGACAGGCUCCAUCUGCCAGGUGCUGGUUCAGCUGCCUCAUGUGUUUCAGAUGUUCUCCGCCGACAGUUUCCUCGACUGUGAUGCUCGGUUCAACUUUUUUGUAGGUAAAAUCCUGCCGCAGUACAGGGACUCUGUAAUGUCCCACACCAUGAUCUACAUUCCGUCCUACUUUGACUAUGUCCGAUUGCGCAACUACAUGAAGAAAGAGGAGAUGAACUUCACCAGCAUCUGCGAGUAUUCCAGCAAGUCAGAGGUGUCUCGAGCCAGACACUUCUUCCAGAAAGGCGACAAGCAAUUCCUGCUCUUCACAGAACGCUUCCACUUCUACAAAAGAUAUACCAUCAAAGGAAUCCGGAACCUGAUAUUUUAUGGAUUGCCCUCCUUCCCCCACUUCUACAGCGAGGUGUGUAACAUGCUGGAGACCGGGGGUCUGAGGGAGGAGGCCAGCUGGACCUGCACUGCCCUGUACUCGCGCUACGACGCUCACACACUGGCUGCCAUUACCGGAGCUCAGCGGGCCGCACAGAUAUUGAACUCCAACAAGCCUGUUCACCUCUUUAUUACAGGGGGGGAAGAUAAUGCUUUGUGAGGGACGGAACAAAAGAAGAGUAGACUCUUGAGCAUUCAUUCUAUUACUCUGGAUUACCCCAGGCUGGGUUACGACUGCAGGUCUGUGAUGGACUGCUGUGUUUCACAGCACAUUGUGACAUUUGAAAUAUGUUGGACUAGGAUUUUUUGCAUAUAUUUGGACAUUGUGACUUCUAGUUAUUUACGAGUACAAUGCAUUCAUUAAAUGUGAAGACAUGAAAAGUCAUUGUUCAUUUCGUAAACUACAUUGAAGUUAAACACUGUGGAAACCAGCCAUAUACCCGGAUUAAAUGGCUUGGUUGCCUCUGUUUA